AUGGCUGAACCUCGGUUUAAUAAUCCCUACUUCUGGCCUCCACCACCGACCAUGCCUGGCCAGGUGAGUACUAACUGUCUAGACUCUACCCUCACAUUCAACAACAGGAUGGUUAGUAUAGAAGAGGAUGAGGAAGAAGAUGAUGACAGUGGGCAGUAGAUUGGGAAAUUGUAAAUGAUUAUUCUAGGUAAUGAAACAUUGAGACCCAUGAGCAGUGAAAGGUAUUUUGCCUGCUUGAUUGUCAUGCAAAUGUCCAUGUAAAGUAUGCACUAUUUUUACGAAUCACUUGAAGAGAGGACAUACAUUACUGUGAAUGUACUUAGGUUACAUUGUUUAGUUAUUUUCCUCUGAGUCCAUUGGAGGGAGCCAAAGCAGAACAAAUUAACCUCUACGGGAUCGCGGUAUCCCGUAUAUGGGACUGUUGAGCUAACGUGCACUAAUGUGAUUAGCAUGACUGUUGUAAGUUACAGCCAACUUUCCAGGACAUAGACAUGUCUUAUAUGGGCAGAACGCUUAAAUUAUUGUUAAUCUAACUGCACUGUCCAAUUUACAGUAGCUAUUACAGUGAAAAAAUACUAUGCUAUUGUUUGAGGAGAGUGCACAACAACAAAAAACGUAUCACGGCAACUGGUUUGAUACAUUCACCUCUGAAGGUAAAUAUACUUACAUUCAGUAAUCUUGUUCUGAGGGUCCCAGAGAUAAAAUGUAGCAUAGUUUUGUUUGAUAAAAUCAAUCUUUAUAUUCAAAUGUAGGAACUGGGUUCUACAGUUUGAACCCUUGCUGUCUCUGGCUCCACACCCACCCACACCCGGCCAUCUAGAUGUGUGAAAGUUAGUGUAUAAGCUAAUGAUCCAUCAUGUAUGACAUUCCUGGGAGUGUGUAAACUUACAUUUUGUAUUUGCAUAUCAUUUUUGUAUGUUCUCUAUAGUUAUGUACUUGAAAAUGUAUCAAUUGACCAAUUCGGCACAUUUGGGCAGACUUGAUCCAAAAUAGUCCAGUAUUGCAACGCUUCACUGGAUCAAUCUGAAACUUUGCGCACACACAGUGGCCAAAAUCUAAAUUGCACCUAAACUACAAUAUUAUAUUGUGGCUUUUCUCUUGCAUUUCAAAGAUGAUGGAACAAAAAAACAAAAAAAUAAGAAUGUUUUUUUGUUUGUAUUAUCUUUUACCAGAUCAAAAUGUGUUAUAUUUUCCUACAUUAAUUUCACAUUUCCACAAACUUCAAGGUGUUUCCUUUCCACUCUACUCAGCAAAUUGGAUGUAGUCUAUCACAGUGCCAUCUGUUUUGUCACCAAAGCCCCAUAUACUACCCACCAUUGUGACCUGUACGCUCUCGUUGGCUGGCCCUCACUACAUAUUCGUCGCCAAACCCACUGGCUCCAGGUCAUCUAUAAAUCACUGCUAGGCAAAUCCCCGUCUUACCUUAGCUCACUGGUCACUAUAGCAACACCCACCCGUAGUCUGCGCUCCAGCAGGUAUAUCUCACUGGUCAUCCCCCAAAGCCAACACCUCCUUUGGCUGCCAUUCCUUCCAGUUCUCUGCUGCCAAUGACUGGAACGAACUGCAAAAAUCUCUGAAGCUGGAGACUCUUAUCUCCCUCACUAACUUUAAGCGUCAGUUGUCAGAGCAGCUUACCGAUCACUGCACCUGUACACAGCCCAUCUGUAAUUAGCCCACCCAACUACCUCAUCCCCAUAAUGUUAUUUAUUUUGCUAAUUUGCACCCCAGUAUCUCUAUUUGCACAUCAUCUUUUGCACAUGUAUCAUUCCAGGGUUAAUACGAAAUUGUAACUAUUUUGCACUAUGGCCUAUUUAUUGCCUUACCUCUAUAACUUGCUACAUUCGCACACACUGUAUAUAUAUUUUCUGUUUGUAUUUUUGACUUUAUGUUUUGUUUACCCCAUAUGUAACUCUGUGUUGUUGUUUUUAUUGCACUGCUUUGCUUUAUCUUGGCCAGGUCGCAGUUGUAAAUGAGAACUUGUUCUCAACUGGCUUACCUGGUUAAAUAAAGGUGAAAAAAAAAUUUUGUAUCAGGAAUAUGCAUAUCCUUGCCUCAGGUCCUGAGCUACAGGCAUUUAGAUUUGGGUAUGUCAUUGUAGGUGAAAAUUCAAAAAAAGGGUCAGAUCCUUAAGAGGUUAAUGUAAGCCCACACAGACGUUAACUAAGGACUGUUCUUCUGUCUCUGUGUGUUGUUGUCUCCCUACUGUCAGCUGGAUAACCUUGUGUUGAUCAACAAGAUCAAGGAACAGCUGAUGGCUGAGAAGAUCAGACCACCCCACCUGCCGCCUUCCACAGUUCCCUCCCAACAGCAACUGCUGGGGAAUCCUACACAGACAGAAGGUGGGCAGCAUGUCCAGAUGUCAGUUCAGAAACUGCAGCAGAUGCAACAACAACUCCAUGCCCACAGCCCGUCCCAGCCAGACAUUGCACUGCACGCCCGGCCGGCCUCCAGCUCUGUUGCAGGUACCCUGACCGCCCCUACCUCACUUCACCAGGCCAGGCUCCACUGUCAUUGGCCACCACCACCACUCACACACUUCUAUUCUCAGAGGCGGUUCACAUCAGAAUGCAUCUCUACUGUAUGUCAUGUGAUCACACCCCCUCCCAUCCUCCUUAAUCUCAUCAAGUGAUUGGCACACAUCCCCUCACUUUUUAUAAAUACUUUUUGUGUCACUUGUAAUUAUUGUAAUAGGCCUACUUAUAAUCUUUUUCUAUCGUUGAUAGAUGGAUGGGGAAAAUACUUAUUGAGCCUUGUAUGAGCCAGGCUUUAUAUUUUUUGUUGGUAAAUUCUGUGAAUCUUCUGCACAUCUCUAACAGGACGUAUUCUUGGUGAUGUAAACUUUAAUCUGGAUGAUAAGACAGCUAUAAAAGCUAGAGGAUUGUGGGAAGACUGGCAUUUGCGUCAAAUCAUAGACCAACCCACUAGAACGAACCACCUGUCAGGUAAUCACAUAAUUUUUUGACACAGUAAUGCCCGCCUGGCACUUAGGGGAGACUGGGGUUAGUUGAGCCAAAGGGGUAAGUUGAGCCACGCUUGUUUCUAGGAAACCAUACACAAAAUGUAUCAUUUGACCAAGGUCAUCAUUUCAUGGGGCGGCAGGUAGCUUAGUGGUUAAGAGUGUUGUGCUAGUAACAGAAAGGUCGCUGGUUCUAAUCCCCGAGCCGACUAGGUGAAAAAUCUGUCGAUGUGCCCUUGAGCAAGGCACUUAACCCUAAUUGCUCCUGUAAGUCGCUCUGGAUAAAUGACAAAAAUAAAAAAUAAUGGAAUCUGUGAAGGAAGAAACCACAUGGAAAAAGUGUUUAGCAAGUUAGGUCCCAAAAAAAUUAUUUUCACCACGUCAAAUGAAUUUAUUGUGUUAGAGGUUUCAUGAUGCUUGUAUCUAAACCAAAGUAGGUAAUUUUAAAAUUGUUCUAUACAUCAGUUGGGGUCUCUAUAAGCUUCAAUAUGAGGUCUUAAACUUAGCAUGAAAGUGCAUCCUUGUAGCUGUGUGGGCUAAUAUAGUCAAAAUGUUUGCCUUGGGAUAAGUUCAGCCAAUGUUUGAGCCAAUGGCAAGUUGAGCAAAUUUAAGCAUUUUCUUCCCAGGUGUAAUGUAAGGCAUAUGAGAUAACAACAGGGCCUGGCCUGUGUUAAGUGUUCAAAAAAAGUACAAAAUGUUUGUUAGGUGUUAAGAGAUGCUUAAAAUGAUUAAAAGGUGAUUGUGUUGAAUUGUGUUUGGGAAAUAAAGAUAGACAUGGUUUUAAAAAGGUAGUGGUAAUAUUUAAUUCAUUACAGAAAUUUGUAGGCGGCUUUACUUACCCUGUCCCCCAUAUCCGGGGUAAUUUGUGCCAAGAGACCACUUUUUUCGGACAAGCUAGGUUUUCAAAACUGUAAUGUUUACAUGAAUUCAGAUUAUUUCCAGGGAUUCACAACAUCCUAAAUAUAUGUAGAUAUCUUUGUUAGAAAUAAUACUAUAUUUCCCUUGAUGGAGUGAUGAUGAAUGUAAGAAACGGCUCAACUUACCCAACUCUCCCCCACACGGAAAGAGAGGCAGACUUCCAUAGCCCAUUCCAAGAUUCCUGUACUGUUGGCCUUUAGACUAAUCCAGGCCUCUCAAAAUGUGACAGGACUUUUGGCGUAUCAACGUGAUUUCAAACUACUUCAGCCAACAACUAGGCACAAAGAGUAUUCCUAUGUUGAGCGAAUAACUAAAAGGGAACAUGUCAAUAGUUAAUUGAGCAUUGUCUCUGAAAAAGUAUGCAAAAGUUUAGGAAGUAAUCAUGUAACUGACUGCAUUCUUCUGUUGGAGAUGACUCAUGACAUAAUAAUGUAGUGAUUAUUUAGUUUGUGUGUCAUUUUUACCUCUUGACUUGCCAGGUCUGGCACUUUCCUCUCGAACGGGCAACCAUAACACCUCAGAGGCCGUCACUCUGACCACACCCACCUCCAACAGCCAGAGCAGACUAGGCGGAGCCCCCUCACCACAUCAUGUCCUCUCAGGCUUGGCCAGUGGCCCUGGGAUGGAGCAAAUCAAAUGUAACGGAGGCCUUGCAGGACUGCUGGGGCCCCCUCCCAAGAUGGAGGGGCGAGGGCGUAAGAAGAUAAAAGCUGAGAACGGUGGUGGCUCUCUGUUGGUGGUGCCUUACCCCAUCCUAGCCUCAGGCAACGACCAAUCCUGCCACACCAUCACCCCCAAAGAGGGCAAAUGCUACAGGCAUGAGCACACAUUAACCUUUUAG